AUGGAACAUCAACCAGAAGAUCAAUCAUUACAAAUUAGGGAGUCUCUGUUUAAGAUCGACAUGUUUGAUGGUGAUGAUGAUCAAUCAUUACAAUUUUGGCAGUCUCUGUUUAAGAUCGACAUGUUUGGUGAUGGACAGGAGGAAGAGAAAAGUGAGAGUUUUGCGAGGGAGAGGCUUGAGAUGGAGAUGAAAGAUAUAAACGAUAAUCCGCCUACCCAUAUCAGCUACGGUCCUGUUGAUUCUGAUGAUUUGUUCAAUUGGAAAGGAACCGUUACAGGGGCAUUGGAUAGUCCUUAUGAGGGUGGAAUUUUCUAUCUUUCUCUUCGUUUCCCUCUUGAUUAUCCUUUCAAUCCUCCAACUGUCAAAUUCAUCACCAAGGUUUAUCAUCCAUGUAUUGAUGAGAAAGAUGGGAGAAUUGAUCAUAUGGAUAUUUUGUACGAGAAAUGGAGUCCUGUACUAACUGUAAAGAAGCUGAUGCUUUCUAUCGCUUCAUUCCUAUCUCAUCCCGAUGUUACCAAUGCAAAUGCAAAUGGAAAUUACAUUGCUCAAAUCUAUCUUGACGAUACGAAAACUUUUCGAGAAAAUGCAAGGAAAUGGACAUUCCAGUAUGCCAUGAGUUAG